AUGAUUACCUUCGAUAGUUUCACUUUGGGUCGGUUCGUUUCAUUUACAACCGAAGGCUGCCCUGAUGGUGCCUUACAAAUCACAGAGUCCAACCGGCCACAGGUGGGCGGUUCAUGGUGCGGGACGUCAUGGGGACCUGUUAUGUACUACAGCGAAACAAAAUCCAUCAUUAUACACGUCAAUUUAUAUAAGCUUUCAAAAAUUGAAAAUGGAUAUAAUUUCGACUAUCGAAUGGAGUACAAGUUUUUGAGAAAAAAAGCGGCCAUAGUUCGGUAUGGAGGAAGUCCACCAAUUUUAUUUUUCAAUGUAUCGCUACCCACGACAACACCGGAACCGGAAUACUAUUUAGGCGAACUCAUUGCCGGAACUUACUGUUCUAGAAUAUUCAGCGACUGUGAUAAAAAGCACUGCCGUCUACAAUCGCCCAAUUUUCCGGGUAUUUACCCAAGAAAUUUGACGUGUUAUUAUGCGGUUAGGCAGCACGAGAUACCACCAGCCAACAUACCCACGUAUACUACUCGCGAUGCUGUUAUUUUGAAGUUUUGUGGAGGAGGUGAAGCAGUUCCAGAAGCUAUAUCAAGUGGUCACGAGCUCCUGGUAGAAUUUUCAACAUCUCCUUAUGGUACCUUUCUGCAACCAGCACCUGUACACAGUUUGCAUGGAUUUCAGUUAGAGGUCGAGGUGAAAUUCGUCGAUCAACAGAUACCAUCUUUUGUGAAGCAAAAACGAAACUGUGAAUUUUGGUUACGAGGAACCAACAGAGGCAUUUUGGAGAGCCCUAUACACUCCCUACCUGCCAAUACCACUUGUCUCUAUCAUCUUCAGGUCUAUUGUUGCAGCGGGAGUAAGGAAAAAUACAAUUUGGACAAUUAUUCAUCAAGCAACGCUAUAACCAAGACAAUAACGAGCCCCUCGUCAAAAGGUGGCAAAAAUGUAACGCUACUAGCCAGAUUCUGUAGAGAACACGUACCAAAAAGCUGCGAGCAUUAUCUUCUAUCCAAUUCAACUAGAUUUCCAAGACCUUGCAGCCUGGCGGAGAGCUACUUAACUUCUGGAGAUACGUUAACGUUGGAGUUAAAAUUGGCAGAUUCAACUGCGCUGAAACCUGUCAGUUUCAAAGCCCUCUAUGAGUUUGUGGACUUGCACUUGGAUGGAGAACAAUACGGAGAUGGUCCGUGUUCUAGAAAAUUCGGAGCUCUUGCUAGCGAAGGCCAACAAAAAUUCAAAUCUCCUGGUGAUAUUUUUUUAUAUGGACGUGGUGGCUCCAAAAAUAUAAGUUGUAUUUACCGUUUUGAAGCUCAAAAAGGUGAGAAAAUCAAAAUUACGCUAACCGAUGUCAGAAUAAGAAACAGAAAUUGCAAUACCAAACUGAAUAAGGAUACCGACACAUUGGAAUGCGUUGGAAACAUUACUGCUACUUUGAGAUUUUUUGAAGUGCCUUGGAUUGAUGUACCAGGAAUACCCAGAGACUGCCUGUGCGAUGUGGAUAAAAACCUGCUUUUACCAUAUACGUACAUUUCGUCGGCCAACGUCGUAGAACUUAAAUUUGACGUAUCCAGCAUGAAUGCGUCAGACGACUUCAAUUCGUUGUUCUUCGAAGGAAAUUGGAAGUUCAUUAGGACACCUGCUUGUGAACUCAACUUGAGAAAAACCGGCCCCAAUGGGGAAUUGAUCUUCAAGCAUCCUUCUGAGGAUAAAGAGUUGAAUUGCGAAUACAGUCCUCGAGUAUUUGUUCCGGGACCCAGCAAAUACUUAUACGUGAAAAUCGGAGGAGUAAUUCUCAAGCACUCAAGUAGAUGGAGCAAUAAUAAUACAUUAAGAUCCACAUCACGUACUGGUCAUACUUGUGAAACUUCAAAUAGAAUCGUCAUUCAUACUGCCCUUUAUACUGCCCUUAUAUGUCCAGAGAGUACCAUAUCAAGAGAUAGGAUGGUUGAAGUGUUUUCGGAAGGGUGGAAUAUUAAAGAAAAAUCAAAGAACAUCGUUGGACAACUAUCACUGGAUAAGAUUGAAGUGGAUCGUCUAGGAAAAGAAUUACCUAGAACCAUAGUUGCAGAAUUUUAUGGUAAAGAGGAAGGACGGUAUCCAGUUAUGUGGCUAGAACUUUCAAGGAGGAGGGAUAUUCCACCGAACGGUUUAGGAAUAUUCAUGAUAAAACCGGACCACUGCCAAUAUCGAUGCCCGGAACUUGAUGCUUGUAUAAACGCUUCAGUUUGGUGUGAUGGAAUGGACGACUGCCCUUCCGGAGUCGACGAAGCGAUCACUCACUGCUCCAUUUUACUUCAGCUUCCACCAAUUUAUCUAUUUUUUGGAUCCUUGUUUCUGAUUAUUUGCUGUAUCGCCUUCGUUUUUCUGUUAUGGAAGACCUGUCGAAGAAGACCGCGGUCAAUUCUCCAAACGCGCCUGCAAAGCCUUUCAUCGGACACAGCCAUUGUCGAUGAAAAAGGGCUGAUAUGUAGCUGACAUAGCGACAAUUCUGUGCGCUACGUGGAAAUUGACAGGGUCACAACGGUGUGACGUCAUGAAACUCGUCACUUAGCGUGCAGAAUAAAAGACUUGAAAUCUUUUUGUAAGUUUACUGCAAUUUGAAUAUUAGUGAAAGUUAGUAUUUUAGUACCAGAGGUUCUUAUAAUAAUAAUAAAUGAAAAUAGAGCUACAUUGAUUUCUAAAGCGCUAAGAGAAAUGUAUGUAAUUCUAUUUUUAGGAAUCGUAUAUCAUUUUUAAAAGUAAUAUGGUUGAAACAAGUAGUAUUUUAAUGUAUUAGGCAUACAUUUUAUCUUAGAUAAAACCGCCUUUCAUUUGUUUUAAUAAUUAUUAUUACAAUCAUGUUUAUAUACUUCUACAUUUACAUUUUUUUGCUGAACCUUAUGAUGGAAAUGGAUUUCUUUUUAAUUAAGUACUUGUAUGCUAAUGAAAAUAAUUUUCAUAUUAUACAAACGCUUAAAGCAAUAACAAAAAAAUUCACGAAAGAUAUUUUACUACUUUCGGUCUUUCAGAUAAAUUAGAGAUGGACCAAAACAUUUAUGCGAAUUUCAUAGCGUUGUGAUUUGGACUGUUUCAUACCUCUAGAACUGUUAGUAUUUUAGAACAAACAAUUAAUUAUUGUAACUAUGUACAUUGAGAAUAUUUUUCUUUCGCGUGGCUUUUUUCAUAAGUCAUCCGAUUAAAAAAUGGUAGCAGAAAGAAUUAUGCGGUGUAGAGGCUCGGUUUUUUCAUCAACAGUUAACAAACAAAUUAUCAAUACAUUUUUAUUGAAAUUUUGAAGCUACGGUUUUCAGAAGCCAAACUCUGAGCGUAUAGGGGGUCUUACUAGUGAUUGAUGACCGUGGCUCAGAUUUCACGUCAACAAGUAUGUCCCUGCCGCAAAAGGAAACGUGAAAUUGAAAAAAAAGCCGAAAAAUAAAAUUUAGCUUAGGAAGGACAUAGUUGAUGAGAAAACCGACCCUAAAAGUAAAUUUCAAUUCAUUAUCUAAAACAAAAAUUAAUUGAAUCAAUCUAAAUAAAUUUCUACCAAGAAAUCUUAAUUUAAAUUUCUACCUCUUGUAAGAUACAAAACUAGGCACUGUACAGUGGUACAAGAACUGAAGACACAAGAAUGUACAUAGUUGGUAAGAUAUGUUAAUCAAAAAAAAAAAAACUUAGAUGCUUGAGAAAACUAGAAAAUUGUUCUGAAAAAUUAAAUUUUAACCAAAGCUGGUUUAUACUGCUUCCUCCAAACAAAGACGCUUUAAGAAAAUAUCUAAUAAGUAGGUAUAAAAAAUUUUUGUUAUAGCAUAAAAUUGUAGUUGACAUAGGUACUUAUAAAUUCAAAUAAUAAUAAAAAUAGUUUUGUAUAAAAAUAAAUAAAUGAAUGAGGAUAAGUGUAAAAGUAAAAGCAGUUGAGCAGAUAAAAAAAUCAUAAUCUUACUAUUUUCUACUGAUAUACAGGUUGGUUCACCCCGAAAUUUUCACUUACGUUUUUUUGGUUAGGUACCUUCACAUUGUUACUCCCUUUACAGCUUUUCAUAGCCAAACCAAAGCGGGGGUAAGUGGUGCGACUCAACAAACAAAAUUUAAUACCUACCGAAUUUGAAUUGAUUCAGCUGAUACCUGGUGAAAAUUGAAAUCAAGAAGUAAAACUAAUUUCUAAUAUAUUUUCACUAAACUAUUAAAACAGUAACAUGUUUCGCUAUACUGUAGCAUAAUCAGACUGUUUCAACUCUAAACGUAAAGUAAUUACUAACAGGUACCUAC